AUGGCACAUUGGAUGGCUGAAUUGCCUUUAGCAGCAAGAGAAAAACCGCUUAUAACAUUAGCAAUUCCAGGUUCACAUCAUAGUGCAUCUUGCUAUUUAAAAGAAGAGAAUGAAAUUACCGCCGAUCAACCGUGGUGUGUGCGUGUUUUAAAUUCGAAUGAAAUAAUUCGUAAGGCUGUUUAUAAUUGGUCCAAGGAUCAGAAAUUGACUAUUACAGAGCAGUUGGAAACUGGUGUACGUUAUCUCGAUUUAAAUAUCGCUUAUUUUCGCGACAGUAUUACUAUUAUUCACGGAUUAACUUGUUGUGAAGCCAGAGAUUUAUUUAAGGAAAUUCUUGAUUUUAUCAACAUACAUCCCAAGGAGGUUCUGAUAAUUGAUAUCAAUCGUUUCUAUGAUUUCAACGAAGAACAUCAUGAAAAAUUAUUCAAUUUAUUGGACACAAUGUUUGGUGAUAAAUUGAUUCAUCAACCGUCGACAGUUCGAAGUAUUUUAAGUUGCUCUUUGAAUAAAAUAUGGAACGGAAAUGGACGAGUGAUAGUUUUCUAUCAAAAACCUGUUCCUUCGUCUUCAGUCAACGAAAUUAAUGGUCACGCUGGUCCAUCAGAAGUUUUAAAAUUACCGAAUCAUGUUUGGAGUCGUCAAUUCAUCAAAAACCCGUGGCCACGAACGGAAGAUGCGCGUAAAAUGGUUGAGGAGGUCUCGGAAAUCAUUCGUGAGCGCGAAAUCGAAAAUGGUUUUCUGGCUUGUCAAGCGAUAGUCACACUUACUGUGAACUCAGUAAUUCGGCAACCAACAGGUACAUUCGAAGCGAGAUAUGCUCGACACGCUACUCAUGCUUUAGUUCAGUGGUUACGAGAGAAUGGUUAUCAUCAUCGAUCGAAUAUUAAUAUAAUAGUUGCUGAUUUUGUUGAUGAAGAUGAUUUUUGUAAAGUAGUCAUCGAUCUUAACAACUAA